UGACAACGUAAAGGCUACAGUUCCAGUAUCACGCUGCUAAUGUUCUGCUGUUAACAGUUGGUUAGUUUCUGAUAUGUCUAAGAGUAAGCAGACAGCUGGAUAUAAAGGGGCCUACAGUUCACAGAAGAAGAAGGAAGGCGAGGGAAGGAGCUGUAUACGGUACAGAUGUGGCCUGACCAACACUAUACAGGACGUCCUAAACCAGAGACCAGGCUGGGUAGAGGUGAAAGAUGAUGGCGAUUGGGACUUUAACUGGUGUGAUGUUGGGUGGCUAAGAGAGAACUUUGAUCACUCGUACAUGGAGGAACAUGUGCGGAUAUGUCACUUCCGCAACCACUACGAGCUGACCCGUAAGAACCUGAUGGUAAAAAACCUGAAGAGAUAUAGAAAAACUUUAGAGCGGGAGGCUGGGCGUUUAGAGGCGUCCAAAUGUGACUUUUUCCCCUGUACAUUUGUGCUGCCCAGUGAGUAUCACAUCUUUGUAGAAGAGUUUAAGAGAAGCCCAGGGAGCACCUGGAUCAUGAAGCCUGUGGCACGAUCACAGGGGAAAGGAAUUUUUCUGUUUCGAAAACUCAAAGAUAUCAUAGAUUGGAGGAAGGAUGGGUCCCGCUCUGAAGAACAGAAAGAUGAGGCUCAAGUUGAGAGCUAUGUCGCUCAGCGCUACAUUGAGAAUCCCUACCUCAUAGCUGGGAGAAAAUUUGACUUGAGAGUCUAUGUUCUUGUCACAUCAUAUAUUCCAUUGAAGGCCUGGCUGUAUCGUGAUGGUUUUGCUCGAUUUUCCAACACCAGGUUCUCUCUUAGCAGCAUAGAUGAUCAGUACGUUCAUCUCACUAAUGUUGCCGUGCAAAAAACAGCUCCUGAUUAUGAUCCCGAGAAGGGUUGUAAGUGGCUGAUGCAGCAGCUACGGCAGUACCUGACUGCUAAGCAUGGUUUCGAGACAGUGCAGACUCUAUUUAAAGAAAUUGACAACAUAUUUAUUCGCAGCUUGCUUAGUGUUCAGAAGACCAUCAUCAAUGACAAACACUGUUUUGAGUUGUACGGAUAUGACAUACUACUGGACCAGGAUUUAAAGCCGUGGCUAAUUGAAGUGAACGCUUCACCCUCCCUCACAGCCAGCAGUCAGGAGGACUAUGACCUAAAAUACAGACUGCUGGAGGACACCUUGCACAUUGUAGACAUGGAAGGCCGUCUGACAGGCAAGGAGAAGAGGGUUGGCGGAUUUGACCUAAUGUGGAAUGAUGGACCUGUCUACACGGAUGUCGGACUAGAGACUCUGGGUAGUUCUUGCCUCGUGGCAAAUACACAUCUCGGUCAGUGUCUUACAUUGCCUCAAUGGAGAUCUUGGCCUGCAGUACACUCAGCUGUGUGAAUGAUCGCCAGAAACAACUUCAACAGCUUUUAAAGCCUUUCCCAGGACAGAAGAGGACAUGACAACCUGCAAAUGACAUCAAAUUAGUGUGACAAACAAUUCUUGACAAUCACACGAAAUACCCACAAUUGUUAUAAUAUGCACCUCAGGA